AUGGUCUUCCUCGCCCACGCCUGCACGGCCUUGGCCGCCACCGCGGCCCUCCUCAGCAGCACCGUCCUCGCCGGCCCGUACACCAACCACCAACUCGUCCGCGUCUCCACCUCUUCUUCGGACGGUCUUGCGGCCCUACAUGCCCUGCUGGAAGACCAGCUCGGUCUCGAUGUGUGGAACACGGGCGCGGAUGGGAUUGAUGUGAGGAUCGCGCCCGAAGAGAGGAAGUUCUUGGGGACAAAGGGGCCGAUUGCGAAGGCGGUGAAGGUUUACAAUGCGACAGUGGAGGUUUUGGAGAAGAAUAUUCAGGAGAUUGUUGAUAAGGGGGAGAGUGUCAACAAGGCGGCUAGCUUGGGCUUCGCCGCUAACCCCACCGCCGCCGCCGCCGACUGGUUCUCGGCCUUCCACACCUACGACGAGAUCAAAGCCUGGUACCAAGCCCUGGCCACCAACAACCCGACCCUCGUCACCUUUGUCCCCUCCAUCGGGAAAUCCCGUCAAGGCCGCGACCUCUUCGCGGUCAAGAUCACCAGCAACAAAAACACCGCUACGAAAAAAACCUUCUUCUUCCAAGGCCUCAUCCACGCCCGCGAAUGGAUCUCCGGCUCCACCGUGCAGUGGGUAUCCAACCAGCUCGUCUCGCAAUACGCCUCUGCGCCGACUCUGCUCGACACGACGCAGUUUGUGAUUGUGCCGAUCGUUAACCCCGAUGGCUAUGUGUACACGUGGGGGUCCAACCGACUCUGGCGCAAGAACAGGGCGAGCCCGAGCGGGGUGGAUUUGAACAGGAAUUACGAUGAUGGGCAUUGGGGACAGGGCGGGUCGUCGUCGUCGACGUCGAGUGACACGUACAGGGGCCCGUCGGCUGGGAGCGAGCCGGAGACACAGGCGGUGCAGAAUUACUUUUUGGCGCAGACCAACCUUGUUGGGGCUAUUGAUUUCCACAGCUACUCCCAACUCGUCCUCCGCCCCCUCGGCUGGACCAGCGCCGACUCCCCCGACGAAGCCAAAAACAAGGUCAUCGGCGACGGUCUCCGCGACAAGAUCUACGCUUCACACCAGGUCCGCUACACGUCCCAAAAAUCGAUCGACCUGUACGUCACCACGGGCACGUCCACCGAUUUCUGGUACAACCGCAAACGCAUCUACGCGUUCUGCAUUGAGUUGCGCCCGGGGAAUGCGUUCGGGAACCAGGGAUUUGUGAUUGACCCGAAGCAGAUUGUGCCUACGGGAGAGGAGAUUUGGGCCGGGGUUAGUUGGUGGGUGCAGUAUGCGUUGGCGAACCCGUUGCCGACGAAGGCGGCGAGCCUUCAGGCUAGGUCUGCUGCUCGCUCGGCCUGA